UGAAGUUGAACCGCAGCACCCAGACCGAGGGGACAAGCUCCGCCAGAUUUCCCAUUCUUUGAGUACGUGGCCUUCGAGGAACACCACGAUCGCGACUCCGUAGCGGGAAAAGGAUCAACGUAACGAGCAAAAACGGGGAACCGACGAUAAAAAUCGAGAGAACUGCAAACCUGUUCGCCGGUGUUCCUUAUCCACCCCCACUCGACGAGUUGUUUUAGAUAAGCACCGCCAAGAAUAUAUACUUCUUCGUAGAUCGUGGAGAGAAAUUGUGCAUUCCAGACGUAACCGUCUCGUCCUGCAUCGCUUCAUCGUCGAAUCAGUGUCGACUUCAAUAAAAAAUACAAAAACAAAAUGUUACCCCAACGAUCGAUGGCGAUUCUCGCCCUCGCGUUCGUCACCGUGGUCAACUGUGAUCUGGAUUUGCAAAUGUUGCAUGUGGUAUUUCGACAUGGUGAGAAAGUGCCACAGAAGGAAUAUCAGAAUUAUCCCAACGAUCCCUACAAGGACUAUUCGUACCACCCAAUGGGCGAUGGAGACUUGACCAACCAAGGUAAGCUGCGUGAAUACAGGAUCGGCACAAUGCUCCGUGAACGUUACGAUCGGUAUUUCGGGCCGGAUUAUUGGCCAGAGAAGAUCUAUGCUCAAUCAACGGAAGUUUCGAGGACUCAGUUGUCUCUCCAGCUAGUUUUGGCCGGAUUAUUCCCGCCCUCCGAGAAGCAAACUUGGAAUCCUCAUCUACCGUGGAUUCCAACGGCGACGUUCUUCGUACCCCACGAAGCUGACAAUCUCAUGUUCCCGCAUCACUGUCCCAGGUAUGUGGAAGAAUAUAAGAGGUUCCUUCGACAGCCGAUCGCACUGGAUUUAAUGUCCAAGUACAAAAAAGUAUUUACUUACUUAACCCAGCACAGUGGGAAAGUAAUAAACACGACAGCUGCGGUGACUUAUCUAUACAACUUGUUCAAAGAAGAGGCCGCCCAGAAUUUGACUCUUCCAAAAUGGACGGAGUCCGUCUAUCCCACGCCUAUGAAAGAAUUACUCGCUUUGGAUUUCAAACUCAGAUCGUACACGAGAACGUUGAAACGUUUGAACGGAGGGGUGCUGUUACGUAAAAUGGUGGACGACAUCGAGGCAUACAAAGCGGGAAAACUAAUGCCAUACGAUAGAAAAGCGUUCCUCUUCGCGGGUCACGAAAUGAACGUUGCCGCUGUCGCGAGAGCUUUGGACUUGGAUGAGCCUGUUGUACCUGCAUACGGGUCCACUAUAAUCUUGGAAACUCUCCGCGAUAAGAAAGGCAGUUAUUACGUUCGGGUUUUAUAUUGGAGCGGAGUAUCCGAGCAGCUGAAGAUCGAAACGAUUCCUGGUUGCACGGAACUUUGUCCUUUUGAAGAGUUCCUCAGUAUCGUGGCCAGCGUGAGGCCGAACGACGAUGAAUAUUAUUGCCAACCUGGUCAGACAUUGGAGGAGUCGAAGAAGAAACGCCUUAGAGGAAGAGAGUAUAUUUGCUCCUCGGCGACGAAUCUAGCCCUGGGCAACACUUGGUAUUACCUGCUGACACUUGUCUCUCUUGCAGUUCUUUCUGUGCGCAAUAUCGAUCGUUGACUUUAACGCGUCACCGCGUAUAGCGCAAUGAUAUUGUUAUCGUUUGUAUAUUCGGAUAAAAUCGCG